AUGCAACGAGAUUGCCCAUUGCUUGCAGAAGUUACAAGGGAAAGGCUGCUGAAAGUCAUUCUUGCAGACUGCGCAGCAGACACCGAGCGAGUCCGAUCGAACAUCAAAGACCUCCUUCACAGCUACGACAUGCUUUGUUCAGAUGAAGUUAGGAGCAAACUUUCGAGGUCUACAUUCGAUGCCUAUGUCAUGGAUUUGUUCGAGCUCUCGCAUCCCGCACGUACGAGGAGGAUCUUCUGCACUAUGGAUGGAAAAUUAGGACUUGGGCCUAGGAACUCUGAGAUCUUUGAUCAGGUUGCCAUCAUUCACGGGUCUAGGAUGCCACUGGUACUGCGCUCAACUGGUACCGGAGAGCACUGGCUAGUGGGUAGAUGUUAUCUUGAGGGCAUUAUGAAUGGCGAAGCCUGUACCUGGCCAGAAGAUGAAGCAGACGAAUUCAUUCUAGUCUAA